GAAGAAGAUGACGCGGUUGUAUUGUCGUUGUGGGGAACAGGAAGUUCCGGGUAGUUAACGACAGAACUGUGCUGUUAUGUCGAUAGGGGUUGUGUCCGUUUCAAAUGUAUUAUUACAGGCCGACUCAGAUUAAGUCUGAGGCCGUUAACAUAAACAGUGAGGACAAACCUACAGUCACUGGGUCCUGAUUGUGACAGUGGAGCCCAGUUUGCACUGCAGGAUCCAGAGAUGGCAUCAGAGAAGCUGGAAGACUGCAGUCAAACACUGGAGCUGAAUGUCAUCAUUAAAGAUGAGGAGGAGGAGGAGGAGAUUGGAGGCCGUGUUGAGACAUUCUCUACAUCCAGAGAGCAACAGCAGGAAGAUCACAGAGCUAAGAGGUCUCACCACUGCCCACAUUGUGAGGAGAUUUUCCCAAAUCUAUCAAAGCUCAAAAUACACCUAAAAAUACACACAGGAGAGAAGCCUUACUCCUGCUCUGACUGUGGGGGUAGAUUCUCCCGAUUGGAUACCUUAAAAUGUCACCACCGAAUACAUACAGGAGAGAAGCCUUACUCCUGCUUUGACUGUGGUAAAUGCUUUAAAACAUCAACUGAGCUAAAAUCUCAUCAGCGAAGACACACAGGAGAGAAGCCUUACUCUUGCUCUGACUGUGGGGAGAGUUUCUCCCGAUUGGAUACCUUAAAAUGUCACCAACAAAUACAUACAGGAGUGAAGCCUUACUCCUGCUCUGAAUGUGGAAAGAGUUUCUCUCAACAGGGCAACUUAAAAACACACCAACGUAUACAUAAAGGAGAGAAGCCUUACUCCUGCUCUGACUGUGGGAAAGGCUUUAAAACAUCAACUGAGCUAAAAUCUCAUCAGAGAACACACACAGGAGAGAAGCCUCACUACUGCUCUGACUGUGGGGCGAGUUUCUCUCAAUUGAGCAAUUUAAGAAGACACCAACGGAUACAUAAAGGAGAGAAGCCUUACUACUGCUCUGACUGUGGGACAAGUUUCUCUCAAUUGAGCAACUUAAAAACACACCAACGUAUACAUAAAGGAGAGAAGCCUCAUCAGUUCUCUCAGACCAGCUAAGAUUAAAUCACUUAAUUCUCAUCUGAUAAAAGAAAUGGUAACAGUGAAUGGAUCAAAUGAAGAAAGCGUAGAACACUCUAUUGUAAUCCAAUUGUUUCUCACUGAGAGAUCUGUGCAGAGGAAAAGGAGUGUUAUAGAAUGUUAGCCUCUUUACUUUACUGAUCAGUUUACAACUUGUCAGUUUUUGUGUGUUUUGUUAGAUUCUAUUGUAAACAUAUUUAGAUUACCUUGGAUUUGCCCUUAGUGUUGAAAACCCUCUGAGGGAUCACUUGUUAAAACAAUGGAGUGUGAUGGUGACUAGGUGGUACGGUGUCCUUCUGCAGUUUUCUGUGGGAAUGAGCUGGUAGACACAAGUAUCAGAUAGAGAUGGUGUGAUGAUCAGUUUUCACCACUAGUUUGGGUAUAUUAUUUUUGCUAUUAAUCAACUUUGUUUAACGAUAAACAUGCUUUGAAACAUCUACACUGGAAAAAAUAUAUAAAUGCAACAUGUAAAGUGUUGGUCCCAUUUUCCAUAUGCACAGAAAGCGUAUUUCUCUCAAAUUCUGUGCUCAAAUUUGUUUCCAUCCCUGUUAGUUAGCAUUUUUUCUUUGCCAAUAUAAUCCAUCCAUCUGACAGGUGUGGCAUAUCAAGAAGCUGAUUAAACAGCAUGAUCAUUACACAGGUGAACCUUGUGCUGGGGACAAUAAAAAGACAGUGUAAAAUGUGCAGUUUUGUUACACAACCCAAUGCCACAGAUGUCUCAUGUUUUAAGGGAACGUGCAAUUGGCAUGCUGACUGCAGGAAUACCCACCAGAGCUGUUGCCAGAUUAUUUAAUGUUCAUUUCCCUACAAUAAGCUGCCUCCAACAUUGUUUUUGAGAAUUUGGCAGUACCUCCAACCGGCCUCAACCGCAGACCACAUGUAUGGUGUUGUGUGGGCGAGCGGUUUGCUGAUGUGAAUGUUGUGAACAGAGUGCCCCAUGGUGGCAGUGAGGUAAUGGUAUUGUUAGGCAUAAACUACGGACAACAAACAUAAUUUUUGUGCCAUUCAUCCGCCGCCAUCACCAUGUUUCAGCAUGAUAAUGCAGCUUUGUGAGGCUCAUUUGAACUUGUUGAAUUUCUGGGAUCUUUUAUUUCAGCUCAACACUUUACGUUGUGUUUAUAUUUUGGUUCAGUGUAGAUUUGUUAUUUUCGUCAUUGAUGAUUCAUGUAUUUGGAUAACUGUAGUGAACUUAAUUGAUCUACUAAUGAAAAAUAAAUGUUCUCCAUUAA